AUGUCCAUUUACGCUAUUUUUACAAUCCCAGUCUCUCUUGCUUACGACUUUUUCAAAGAAGAACAGGGAAAUAAAUCUUCGCGUUCGCAGAAAACAUUAAAAAAACUUUUGAAAGAAUUGAAAGAAUCGGUUGGUAGUGAGUUGUUUGACACAUUAAAUAAACUUAUGGAUGAAUUGGAAAACAAUAAACUUAUGGAUGAAUCAAAAAACAAUAAACUUAUGGAUGAAUCAGAAAACAAUGAUGAUUUGAAACAAUUGACUGAUAUAGAUGACAAUAAUGUAUUCUCCAUUUUAUCUGAUUUUAUAUCACGUACUAAUAAUGAAAAUAUCUCUAUGAAAGAGAUAUUAUUUAGAAAUACUAAAGAAGGAAGAGAUAGAGCAAUAAAGAGGACUCAAAAAGUAAUUCAUUAUUAUUACUUUUUUGGAAAAGCAUUUAAGAUUCGCUUAUAUUACUUCAAGGAAUUAGUCAAUAAACAACAUAAAGAACGUAAAGAACGUAAAGAACGUGAAGAACGUAAAGAACGUAGAGAACGUGAAGAACGUGAAGAAUGUGAAGAACGUAAGGCUCAAGCACUAGUUAUUGAAGAGGUUAGGGAACAACUUCAUCAUAUGUAUGUUGAACGGACAUUAUCUAUUGCUCAGAAAGUCUAUGAAUUUUUUAAUAUGAUCGGUGGUAAAGAUAAAAUGCAAAUAAAAUCUUUUUCUGCGGAAGAAAUUUCAGAAUUAAGUUCCGAUGAUAUUGAUUAUAUAUUGGCUAAGCUCGCAAUUGGAGAGGAAAGGAAAAUAAGAUCAGUUGAGAUUGUUUAA